GACUCCCGGCCGGCUCUCUCCGUCCUCGGCGGCGGGCAGGAACCAGCUUGAUGUGUGCAUGAAAGUUACUGACAUCAUGACAAGUGUUAGACACAGAAAAGGAAUAAAAGCCUCAGAAGUUCAAGAAGAACCACCUGAGAAGCAUUGGAGGCUUGAUGGGAGAGUUCUGCCUGGUAGGUCAUUUUGUGGAAAAGUGUGGAAGAAACUUUCACUCAUCACCGGUGGAUUUGUCGGCAUUUCCCUAGGAGUUCUCACUUCUAUUUAUUUUGCUACUCUUCAUGAAAAUGAUCUAUGGUUUUCCAACAUCAAGGAGGUAGAGCGGGAAAUAUCUUUCAGGACAGAGUGUGGCCUGUAUUAUUCCUAUUACAAGCAAAUGCUACAGGCUCCAUCCAUUCAGUCAGGUUUACAUAGUUUGAUAUAUGACAAUAAAACUGAGUCCCUGAGGACAAUUAACAUACUUGAAAGAAUGAAUGUUUACCAGGAAGUAUUUCUUAGUAUUCUGUACAGGACUUUUCAUAUUAAGACAUUUUUAGAGCCUAUUUAUUUUUACAUCUACACGUUAUUUGGCCUUCAGGCGGUUUAUGUUGUUGCUCUCUAUGUAACCAGCUGGCUUCUUAGUGGAACUUGGCUUUCAGGUGUAUUAGCUGCCUUCUGGUAUAUUACAAACAGAAUAGAUACCACCCGGGUAGAAUUCACCAUUCCAUUAAGAGAGAACUGGGCACUGCCAUUCUUUGCUGUUCAGGUAGCAGCAAUUUCAUUCCUGUUCAGACCUCAUUUACGGCCUGCUCAUGAAAGGCUGACACUUCUGGCUGUAUUUAUUUCGACCUUCCUCUUCAGUUUGGCUUGGCAGUUUAAUCAGUUUAUGCUGUUGAUCCAAGCGCUGGUUUUGUUCACACUUGACUCUCUCGACUUUCUUCCUAGGGGAAAGGUGACCUGGAUCUAUAUAAUACAAAUAGCUAGUUUAUUGCUCGUCUGCUUCCUACAGUUCUUCAAUACCAUGAUAGCAGGAUCAUUGCUUGUAAGCUUUAAUAUGUCUACCUUGUUAGCAAGAAAACUUCAGAAUAACCUGAAAACAGGAGGCUUAUUUAGCAGACUCGGGAAGCUUUUCCUUCAUGUGCUUUUAGUGCUGUGUUUGACGUUUCUUGUAAAUAACUUUAUGAAGAAAGUUCUUAAUCUUGAGUCAGAUGAGCAUAUAUUUAAAUUUCUAAAAGCAAAGUUUGGAUUUGGAGCAACAAGAGAUUUUGAUGCUAACCUGUACCUGUGUGAAGAAGCUUUUGGUCUGUUGCCUUUUGAUACUUUCACAAGACUUUCAGACACAUUAGUCCUUUAUGCCUAUGUGUUUGUGCUUUUUGUCAUGGCCAUAGCAGCUGCUGUUGUUGCUUUUCAAAAUCUCCGUGGUUCUCCUAAUAACAGAUCCAUGGAUAAACUACAGAAGUGUACAACGCUGCUGAAACCUGGUGCUGCUUAUAACUUGGUGCACACCAUUCUGUUUGGGUGCCUGGCUUUAAGCACAAUGAGGAUGAAAUAUGUUUGGACUUCCCAUAUAUGUGUGUUUGCAGCUUCAGGUUUGUGCAGUAGUGACACAUGGGGCCUGAUCCUGAAAUUUGUUCGUCUUUACACACCACAAAGGGUGUCUGUGAUGAGGUAUUUAACACCUAUGCUGAUAUUGCUGUAUCUUUGUUACAAGUUCUGGCCGGGAAUGAUGGCUGAGCUGUCAGAGUUGAGAGAAUUCUACGACCCAGACACAGUGGAGCUGAUGAACUGGAUUAAGUCUAACACCCCAAGGAAAGCAGUGAUUGCUGGAAGUAUGCAGCUCUUGGCAGGAGUUAAGCUGUGCACAGGAAGGAUUUUGACCAAUCAUCCCCACUACGAGGAUAAAAGUCUACGAGAGAGGACAAGACAGGUUUACCAGGUGUAUGCCAAAAGGUCACCCGAAGAGGUCUACAGCAUCCUCAGAUCCUUUGGCACGGACUUUGUGAUUCUGGAGGACAGCAUGUGUUACGGCAGAAGACACGGCCGAGGCUGUCGGCUGCGUGACCUUCUCGAUGUAGCGAAUGGCCAUACCAUGGAUGGUCCUGGGGACGACGAGCCUGACCUGAAGCCGUCCCAGUAUCCUCGCUUUUGUGAAGAAAUCAAAAGGAAUCUGCCUCUGUGCACUCUGUAUUUCACGAGAGUAUUUCAGAAUAAAACAUUCCACGUUUAUAAGCUUGCCAAACAUAAAAAGACCGCUUAGCAUUGCUGUAAUCUCAGAGGACAACUCUAAGGGAGUUACAAAAGGGGGGUCCAUUUCAAAAGUGAUUUUUACACUGUUUUAAAGUGGUUUACUAUUUAAUUACUGUGACGGUUUGGGGGGGGGAGUACUUUGGUGACAUGCAAAAUGUGUCCCGAAAGCUUCUGUGGAUUACGUGAAGUUGAUUAACAAAGGCCCCCACCCAGCAUGUAUGUUCCACAAGGGGUGGGGUUCAGGGCUGAAUCUUGGUUUUUUGCACACAACCCCAUUUAGGACAUUUUGUGUGCACAUUUUGGGGGGAUUCAUGCAGUCCUGUAACUGGAGACGUAGAUGCGUGAGCCUUAGACUUGCUCCCCUGCCUCUUCACACACACAGCUUUUUCACCAGGCACUUGUGUGAACCAACUGUAGUUUCGUUCCAUCAACAGCUAACCUAGGAAAUUCUGCUCAGGGUUCUGGCUUACUCGUGUUGUCCUGUGAUGAUGAUGCUUCUUCUGUCUUUCUCUUUCCUUAGGAAGCCAACAUAACCUAUACCUCAGUGCAAAGUUUAGAUUCUAAAACUCCCAGUCCUAAACGUACUUGCCAGGAAGUCCUAUUGAUUUCCACGAAGCUUACUAUCAGUUCCAAGUUUAGAUUCUGGAACUCCCAGUCCUAAACGUACUUACCAGGAAGUCCUAUUGAUUUCCACAAAGCUUACUAACGCUGUGUGUCUAGAAGCACAGCUUUAACCUUCUUAACAUCCCAGUCCAGUCUUAAAAUAAGGACUUUCCUUCCAGACAUGCUAUCAGGAGACAUUUUGUGUCCGGACCCUGGAGAGGAUUCUGUAACAGCUAUCCACAACCCCAUGCCUUUUGCAACCUUCUGUCCCCUCCUCACAACAGAAAAGCCAGUGCUGUGGGAAAGCAUUUGGUCUGUGCUGCCGUGGAUGGGGCAUCCCCCCGCCCCCUCUUCUAGCUAGAGGUCGAAAAAAGUUAGAACAUCUCCAUGUACAACUUCACUUUUAGCCAGAGUAAGGCUUUUCCUGGCAGGUAAAUUUGCUCUUUGGCUAGUAAUCAUGUGGGCCUGGUACUGUUGCGGAACCCGCACCAAACCUUCAGUAUCGGCUGCUCUUCCUUGCAAGCAAAGCUCCAGCCUUGAACAUUCAUUACAGGGGAAGGUGCUAGCCAUGAUCCGGCAAGCCUCCCCCAGGAGUGCCCGCGUGCAUGUGCGCCUGCCGUCUCCCUUCCGUGUCUGCUGCUUUUCAACCUGUUGUUACUUUCGCCUACUUGGUCCUUGGUGUUUCAGCCGUAUCUGUUACUUGUUUGAGUUUUUGUCUCCUGCUGGAUGCUGCGUUCUGUUCGUGUGAAUCUGAGGCUGUGAGGACUGGAGCAUGUUUUUUUUUUGUAACGUGGCAUGUCGUGAUGUUUGUAAUUUCGAGUUUUUAAUGGAGGUAACUCAAAUUAAGACCAAAAUGCACACACACACACACACACACCCCUUCUGCACAGCUGUGUUUGAUUCCUGUGUUCCAUUUGUUUGUAAAAACAGUUACCAAACCUGAACUGAAUCAGGAGAAUUAAAUUGUGCUUCAUAGGAUCUUGGUGUUUUAGGGGGUAAUUUUGUUUUAUUGUACAGGAGAACGACAACCCCACCCUCACCACCGUUUCCAUCCCUGUAGGAAACAAACCCUUCAAUCAUUUAUUUUAGGUUCAGACAGGCCAAUUCCAUGUAUUUGUACAUUCUAAACUUUUAUGAAGACUACCAACUUUAUAAUGCUGUGUUUUUUACAGAGUCACUGUGAUGUUUUUAAUGCUGAUUUUAACAUUUUUAUAUGAAAUUAAGGGACGUGUCUUGUUUGAAAGUGAAGGGUUUUCUUUCCCAUCGUAGCAAGGCAAGUCACCCGGCAGCCAUAAGGUAUAGCCUCCUUAAGGAAUUCCCCUCCCUUGGAAUAAAUAGGAGCCGGACAGCUGUCGUUUAUUUUCAGUAGGGCUUGCCCAGGGGACGUUCCCCAUAGACUGUGACCAGUUUUAAUUUCUAGAGCAAAAUGCAGUGGGAAUCAAGUGCCACUAGGAAACCAUAGGAGCCUAUUGGGUCUGCUUGAAUAAUUUGCAUCACAAAAGUAUUAUAAUCAGUUUCCAGCUACAGGAAACUUAACAGAGUUCCGGGUAAAAAAAAAUUAAAUCAAGAUGUGUAAUGAGAUUAAAGGUCCCUAACUGAGCUCUGUCCCAUUUCCCAAUGAUGCAAGUGCUUAGCACUCUGUAGUUGUUCCUAGGUAAAUUGCUUGCCGGACUAGAUAAGGUUCUAUCACCCGCCAGCAAAACAAUUUCAGGUUUAGGUAAGUAUUCCAUUAAGUAAUAGGCAAGAUCCUUCCACACUUUCAUGCCACCACACACACACACCCCAAAAAAGGAAAGCAGGCUUUAAUCCAUUUGGACUUAAAUCAAACCUGAACGCGGGUUGUGCUUCUUUUCAAUAUGCAAGCAAAGUCCCUGAAUAAAUUCUAGCCUGUAUCCCUUCAUGAGGUUGGAGCCCACUGCCAUUUCAACAUAAUAAUAAAACAUUUUAAUAAGUAGUAAAACUUUAAUUAAGCCUGUCGUGAUACGUGUCUGAUCUUGCUGGGAGCGUGGGUCACAUCAGUGGAUAGCUCAAGGAGAGUGCCUUUGCUAAUUCAGGAUAAGUACACGUAAGGCUAAGUAAUAAGUUACAGAAGGUUGCUGUUUUUAAAGGCACUGGGUGUAAUCUGCCGAUGCUGUGAGCUAUUACGCACAGCACCUUCUACUUCUGUCUCUAGGAGACCCACACAGCCGCAGUGGAUCAGACCCAGUUUAUUUUAAAAUAUGGUAUCUGCAGAUCGCUCUUCUGCAUUCAUUGUCUGGGCCAUGCUAAUCUCUCUCAAAAAUGCCUGACCAUUCCACCACCAGUUUCUGUAUUUUUUUACAUUACAAUCGUAUUGUUACAAAAUGUAUUUAAUAUUGCCGGCAUCGACAUGCAGUCUUUUUACCAGAACUGUCAAGUGCCAAACGUAAGGGGUUUUUUUGUCCUUGAAUGUGAAAUUAUCUAUAUGUUGCACCUAAUGAAAUGAGCUCUGCCUUAACGAGAUCUUAUGCCACAAUAAAUUUGUUCG